CGAGCGGGAGAGUCGCGUUCGUUUCCGAGCAAUUCGAACGACAGAGACGCGCCAAAACGGUGUUCGCGUUUUCGCACCGAUCGACAAUCUUUUAUCGUUCGCGACCUAACCGUCGCGAAAACCUGCCCUUUCGAUAACCGUCGACCGACUCAAGUGACGAGUGCGUGUGCAGUCUGCGUACUCGAAGGACCUCCUCCUACCUGUCGAAUUCCAGUGAACGAACAUAACAUUCACGUAGUUCUACGCGGUCAGUCGACUUCCAGUAAUCCGCGUUGCUCGGUCUCCGGAUUCCCCGCGAGAUCCUAGAGCAGAUCUUCUCUUCGUGUCGGUUACCCGUGAUGCUCUCGGCCUGAGUUCCGGGACGGAGCCGUUAAGUCUGCUUCGAACGAUCGUCAUGAAGCUGUUUCUUCGCGUAGUAUCGUUACUAUCCGCGGUCGCGAUUCUCGUCGACUCGGUGCCGACGGAUUCCGCGCAUUCGAAGAUCGAGGUACUGAAGUGUUGCCUGGACAAAGAGGAGCUGGUGCGCGACUCCGACGGCAAUCCGGAGUCCUCGGCCCGUUGCGAGCCCACCGGCUAUAUCUGGCGGCCGUUCAUCUAUUCGCCGUCCCUGGAGAACACCCUUGACCAGAUCCCGCGGGAGUGGAACGUCAUUCGCGGGAAGAAACCCGACUGCGACGACAGCCACGAGCUGACCUACGUGCCCUACAGACAGAGCAAUCCGUUCGUGCUGUUCGACAACGGACAGGUGGUGCUGGACGUUCACAUCGGGAACAGGUUCGAGCCUGGACAGUAUUGCGCGGAUAACCAGGCUCUGAUCGCCUGCAUGCCCAGGAAAAUGGAGGGAAACCACGCGGCCGCCACCAUGAGGCCGCGCGUGCGGCACUGUUGCGGUCAAACCGGCGUGUUUCACGAGGAAAAACACUCCUGCGUGCUUCUGAACGAAUCGAUGGAGGACACGCCGCUGCUGCCGAACGCAUCCUCUUCUGUCGAGAUCGUGGCCGGUUUUCCAACAUGUCCGCGUUCCGACAACUUUUCGAUCGUAGGCGACGCGAAGGAUGCGCUAUUGUUGCCGGACGGCGGCAUGGAAAUCGGCGGGGUCACUCUUCCUGCCGGCCAGUUCUGCGUCGAAAGGAUCAAGGAGCUGAAAGUGGCCAAGGUGUUCGCGUGCGCCGAGCAUGACUCACAGAGGCCGAAGAUGCAGGCAGCGGACAUCAGGUUCACCUUGUACCCCGUCGGGUUCAUCAUUAGCGCGUGGUUUCUCGCGGCUACGUUAGCCGCCGGUUGUCUGCUGCCAGUUUCUCAUCACGUUCUGCAUUGGCGUUGCCAGACUCAUCACGUCGCCUGUCUAAUGCUCGGCGAUAUUCUCAUGGCCAUCAUUCAGCUGGCCGGUGUGUCUCCGCUCGGCGGAAGCUGCAAGGUGCUCGCGAUCAUGGCGCAUUUCUUCUUCCUGGCCGCGUUCUUCUGGCUGAACACGAUGUGCUUCAACAUCUGGUGGACCUUCAGGGACCUGAGACCAGCCAGCUUGGAGAAGGGCCAAGAGGCCCUCAGACUGCGAGUGUACACCAUCUACGCGUGGGGUGGGCCGCUCUUGGUCGCCGGCGUCGCCGCCCUCCUGGACCAUCUUCCGCCCCAGCCUCAGUACACGUUCCUCCGGCCACGAUUCGGCGAGAAACACUGCUGGUUCUAUGGCGACAUGGAGAUCCUGGCGUACUUCUUCGGCCCGAUCGGCGUUCUGCUGGCAGUGAACCUUCUGUUCUUCGCGGCGACAGCGCGCGAGCUGACAUGCGGCCUGUGGAAGGGUGAAUUCGUGAAGAGCACCACGGAGAGAGCGGCGUUAGGCCGGGUCUGCAUGAAGCUGGUGGUCGUGAUGGGCGUCACCUGGGUGGCCGACGUGGUCUCGUGGGUAGUCGGCGGACCGCAAUACAUCUGGUACUUCACGGACCUGAUAAACGCCUUCCAGGGCGUGCUGAUCUUCGUGGUGGUUGGCUGCCAGCCGCAAGUGAGGGCCGCGUUGAAGAGGCUGUUCAACAGAAACCCGCGGACGAACGCCGGAAGGCAGGGUAACGGGCUGAGCACGACCAGCCACGGGAUGCCCAGCAUGGGGGACAGCGUCACCCAGAACCCGAGCACCAAGACUGCCCCGUUGGAGACCAUCUGCUAAGAGGACUGUCCCGCCGUCGACGGGAGCAGAGUCUUCUCUCCGCGCAGGAAGCUCUACGUCUCCCGUGGACCCGAGUCUGCGGCCUAUCGUCAAUAAACAACCGGACCGACGGGAUCCAGAGAGGUGUCGGGGAGAGUAACGUCAGCUCCGAGGCCAGACGCGGAAGUUGCUCCGGCCACUCGGAGACCGGAAGAGCACACACAGUAUACGAAGCGAAGCGAUCGGAGCGCAGAGGCGCGAACACGCGUAGGGGUCGCGACGAUAGGUCGAGUAAGCCGGGAUUUUCAGUUUCCAAUACGGCUGUUAUCGGAUCCCCUCGCCGGAACAAUGCCGACCCGUCGCGCUUCGAUCGGCGAUGCCAGAUAGGAAGCCGCGGCGAACGGCUUCGAGGGUCGGCGACCUCGGGACCGUGAACUUCGACGCUGUUUCGUAGACGCCGGUUUACAGCCAGCCAGUUUUACCUUGCGGAAGUCAGAAUUUGUUGCAGACUGAACUCACACACUUAUUCGUCGCACGAGGUGCCGGUCUAGAGGCAGAAUUUCCUAGAAGCGUCGGACGUGAACGGCUGAACGCUGGCGCGCGCGUCCGCCGUUUGAUAUUUUCCGUAAUUAGCAGUCAUUUGUUAUUCGGCGUGUCAGAUAGAACGGUGCGCGUGCAGAGACGGUGAAUUAACAUUUUUUUGGAAAGUAGACGAUGAAGAGGAAAUUGCGUCGAGCAAUUUUACAGACGGGAAAAAGAGAGGAUAUUUAAUGCUAGAACUAUCGAGUAAUACCCAAACGCGACUAAUUGUUUCGUAACAAUGCAAAAACUGGAUUUAUUUCAACUUCGUAUGAUUUAUAUUACAAUAUACGUACACUUGAACGAGUUAGGGUAUCCAAAAAUAUCUCCUGGAAAUAUUUUUAUAAUAUCGAGAACCGUAAAAGAAAAAAAUCAGAGGCCAGUCGUUUUGACCGGCUUCGUAGUUCUAGUGUUAAAGAUGUACAGAAAAAGGCGAGACGAAGAAGAUUGUAGCAUUUUAAUAAGAUCAAUUGAUAUAAUGAUGAUCAAUUGAUAAGUAACGAUCAGAAUCAUUUACAGAAUAACGAGGAGACGUGUAAGCAGUUUUUUUAAGUCGAGUAAAAAGAACGAGCCAAUUUUAUCCGAACCUCUUUUUGGCAAUAAUUCUCUGGACAUUUUUAUACGAAGACGUUGAUGUUAACCACGAUGCGUUCGCAUGUCUGAACUGUUUCCAACGUUCUCCGUGCGCCGGGCGUAGACGCAACAUUUCGAAACUGCUUACAAAAGAGGAAAAGCCUUUAUUUUCCGUUGCGUCGGUAUAAACGCUUGUGACGCAUACGUCUGACGCACAUAGGAAAUCCCGCCUCUGCAGAUGUAACGUUCACCUCGGUACCGAUCGAUCGGUGUCCAGUGGCAUUACGACAAUCAUUUCUGAGCGCCGGUCACCGGUGACCCCGGCAGCAAUUCGACGCGGAGGAUUCUCGGUUCCGGGGGCCGUUUUUCGCGCGAGCAACGGCGGCCUCCGUUUCGCGCGCCUCGCGUUCGCCGACGGGCUCCUCCGUCGCGCCGAGGUCGUCGACCUUGACGACAGAAGUCCCCGCGAAGAAUGUGUCGCGCGAGAAUCGCAGACGACCGCUCGUCCCCGUGGACCCGGCCGCGGGGAAUGCGACGCGCCGCCGAGAGAGCCUGUCACGUUGAAUAGUUCAUUGUCACGGCGGAACACAAUAGGAGCGCGGCGAAAACAACGCGGUGCGACAAAUAUUCAUAGAGACACCCGGUUCGACUCCCACGGGGGCCAGGUCUCCAUCCCCGUUCCUCGGGUUCGAACGUCGAAUUCCCGAGCGGCCGUGCGCCCGUCGUCGACUCCGCCGGCCGCGGACCCGAAGAAGUUUGAACCGCCGCGACGGCACGCGGGUGUAACCGGCGCCGCGACCGGCCGCCUCGUCGAUCGGUUAUUUAUAAACGGGAGGACUAAUGAGACGACGCGUGCCCGAUACCGAGACGAUACUUUGUUCGAACGUUAUUAAUAAACGGCGCCAGCCGAGGCCGGGCCCGUUUCGGGCCGGGCAUUUCUCGUCCCGCGUCGGUAACGAUCGGACUGCGGAUAUUCGUGCGAAAUAAAAAUUGUCUUCGUAUCUCGUGUCCAAGAGAAACGAGGCGAUAAUGUACUUCUUCAUUUUAACGAUGUUGGUACAGCAAUGCUCUGCUGUAUUUAAGCAUUUCUUCGUUUUCUCGUCACUGUUCUGUGUUUCGUUUAUACAUUUCUGCUGCAAAUGCAUCAAAUCCGCAGUCCGGGAACGAUCGUCGAAGGCCGCAAUUGUUCAGAGCCACGACCUUUUCUUCUCUUUGGGUGGUUUAUUCAACGACUUGGCCCGUCUAGGUCGGGGUCGGUCUUCGGGGUCGUCGAACGACGCUCGCUGCGUUCUGAGAAGUCGAUUUUUGCUAAUCGAGAGCUGACUCGUUAGCUUCUCGUUUCAGUAUGUCGUGACCCUUGUGGAACGAUUAGGCGGACUGCGGGUCUUGGGCGAAGAUGGGAGAACAAAUUGUUGGCACAAAAUUGAAUUGAUGGAGCGGUCCAAUUUAUAAUGAACUCGCGUUUGCUGUAAUUUAGAUCGUUGUUUUGUACAAUGAUCUUGCGGACUAACAUCGAGCCGCGGUUUUUGGACUGUUAAAAAAAAUCUAUGAAAAAGGGAACGGUGAAAAAAUAUUAGAUAAAGACACGAUUCCUAUUUGUUGGAAGUGAUAAAAGACGAAAUAAAAUUGUUCGCAACUUCUGCCUACUCGUGAUCGAUGCGACAAGCCUUCACUUCGCUUUUAAGAUCCGCAGUCUACCAAUUUUUUAGUUCGCAUUUAACUGGAACUCGAAGAACAGAACUCGGUGACAUAAACUGCGUUAACGCUGGAACCACCGAACCAGUCAAAACGGCUGGUUUCCGACAUUUUCGAUACGGUUUAUGAUAUAAAAAUUGCUCCAGGAGAAACUUACAAACUUCUCGCGCGAAGCUGUGAUAGAUCCAAUCUUGCCAUUGUUGUGAAGCAAUGCACGUUGGUCCCGUCCAGAGUUCCAUGGUUCUAGUGUUAAUGAUGCGUUGGGUCUCGACAGGUUAACGAGUCUAUCAAAAUCGACCGAACGGAUUGUUAAGCCGGAUGAAACCGGUUCGCUGUCCUCUAUUUUCUAGCCAGCCUCUCCCAUUAGUCCUCCCAGGAUUCGAUUCUCGAGGACGACCUUGACCCCCGCGGCGAGCGAGAACGCGGUGGGGAAACGCGUGAUUCCAUGGUGUCUACUUUCGGGCCGCGGCUUCAUUAUUCAUCGGGCGCGCUCGAAGCCGGCAGCGCGAUCGCGCUUCAAUUUUCUUUAGCAUAAAUUUGCAUCGACGGAGUCGCCGCGCGUCCGCCGCGAUCGAGGGGGAAUCCUCGGCAUUAGCAUGCGCGGCGUCGGAGCGGUUUUACGCCGGCGUACCUCGUCAUCGAUCGCCCCUAUCGAUCAUUCGUUAAACAGCCCGAUUCCGGCCACUUUCUCCCGGGGCUUAUCGCUUGUAAUCCAUUCAUGGUUUUAUCGGCGUGUCCACGGCUUCGCGCGCGUCUUUUCCCGGCGUUCCGUCGUCACCCCGCGCAGCCGUCCCGUGUCCCGCGGAACAGCGGGGACAAAUAUCCGCUCACUGCCAAGCAUCGAUUUCGAUACACAACAAAGAAGACUCGAGAACAAUUAGCAGAGAGUUUCGCAAUAGCGCUCGACGAGCGCUCGGCGAUCGCGCGCCGUUUAUUCUGUACUCGAGACCGAACCAGGCCCGUUUCUCUCUCUUCGGAGCGCAUUUUCUUUAUUUCAUGGGAACGAUGGAGAAACCAUUUACGUUGUUUUACGAACGAAGAUCAGACUGCGCAGGCUGGUUCAAUCUCCUCAAGGCGGAUCUUUUUACGGGUAGACAGACAUGAAUUUUAGUUGUUUCUUUUUUUCUUUUUGUUCGUUUCGAGCAGCCCAAAGGAGAACGAUGAUAACGGCUGCGGGACUGUAAACGACUUUACGCGAUCAUGGUGCGCGAAAGUACGAGAAUCGUUCGUGUUUUCGUUUCAGCGUCACCGUGCGCGAAGAGAGACGAAUUCGAUUUGUUUAGCGCGGUUUCGUUGGCGUCGCGUAAAGUCACGGAGUCCGAUCGUGCCCGCCUUGAGGGGACCGUUGUUUUUUUUCUGUUUCGUUAUCGAAAGGGUGCUCGAAUCUCGGGUACAGAAAUAUCUCCUCCACCGGAAGCACAACGAAGCGACAUCGUAUACGAUUUUGCGAACCGUGUUUUUUUCUACUUUUCAUACACAGCAGAUUUUCGAGAUUUUACACAGAGGACACCGUGAUCCGACGAGGAAAAAAAAAGAAAAGAAAACGGCCCUCGGCUGUUCGCGUUCUUUCGUCCGCGGUUCGUCGAUGGACCGAGUCCUUGUUGUUGUUUCGUUUCAUUAUGUCUCCACCCCCCUCCCAACCCCCUCAACGACGUUUCUUGUUCGUUUGAAACUGUUACGUGAGUCACGCAUCCGCGACGCGACAUGCACGUAGGUAGGUCAGGGCAUAAUCGACUCGAACUCGUGACAAUACACUCUAGGAAUUCAAUGCCUUCGGAAAUGCCUUCCAAAUGUGGUGUUCAACGUGCCGAAUUGUAUACAAUGGGGAACCAGACGACGGAGAACAGCCGAAAUCUCCUCUCGGUUCCCGCGUUCAGCGCGUGCGGCCGCGCGAGAUUACCAUUUCUCUCUACGCCGCGAUGUCCGGCCUCUAACUUCCGGUGACGUUCGCCAACCGCCUCGUUCGUCUUCUAAAGGAGAACUACCAUGAGUGGGACUGUUUUGUUUAGGACGAGAUAACGACAUAGUAAAUAAAUAACCUUGGCAUAAUCUUUACU